UUCAACGUCGCACAGACAAAAGGAAUACACAAACGCGUGUAUCAGCAUUCAACACUCUUCAUACAUCGCAGAUAGAUCAAUAUUGGAAAGUUUUGUGGAAGUUAACAUGGGUUUUCAGUCACAUUGGUUAAAACUUAUAUUUUUAUUUACCUGCGUCGAUCUCUGUCUGUCUCAGAAAAAUGAGCGUAAUGCUGCCGUUGACGACCGAGGAUUCUCAGGGAACGAGACAAUGGAGGGGGUAGGGGUCUCCCUUACGGGCCUCAUGGUUCUGGACAGUCAUCUAACCACGGUGUUCCUCCCCAUCGUCUACAUAGUGGUGUUUGCUGUGGGGCUGCCCACCAACACCAUGGCCAUCUGGGUCUUCCUGUUCAGGACCAAGAAGAAGCACCCUGCCGCCAUCUACAUGGCCAACCUGGCUCUGUCUGACCUGCUCUUUGUCAUCUGGACGCCUCUGAAGAUCGCCUACCACUUCAACGGUAACGACUGGAUCUAUGGAGAGAGGCUGUGUAAAGUCCUGGUGGGCUUCUUCUAUGGGAACAUGUACUGCUCCAUCCUCUUCAUCACCUGUAUCAGUGUCCAGCGCUACUGGGCCAUUGUUUACCCCCUCUCCCAGGAUUGUAGGAACAACCAUGUAGCCAUCGGUGUCUCGGUCGCAGUCUGGGUGGGGGUCUGUCUGCUGACCACCCCUCUCUACCUCUAUGACCAGACAGUCAAGGUGACCAACCUCAACAUCACCACCUGCCACGACGUCAUCCGGCCCAGCCAGAUUAGCAUGGCCGUCGGCUACUUCCUGACCAUGGGAACCCUGGGAUUUGUAGUUCCCACUGUGGUGUGCGUGGUGGCCUACGUUCUGAUGCUCAAGUCCCUAAGGAACUCAAUGACGGACAACAGCAUCUCCAAGCAUCGGCGCAAGGCUGUGGUGCUCAUCAUUACUGUGCUGGUCAUGUUCCUGGUCUGUUUCACCCCCAGUAACAUCAUGCUGCUGGUGCACUACUCCCUCCUGCUGGCCGGAGUAGUGAACGAUGGCUACGGCUUCUACAUCACCACCCUGUGUCUGGCCGCCCUCAACAGCUGUGUGGAUCCAUUCAUCUACUACUUCAUCUCAGAGGAGUUCAGGGAGCACGUGAAGAACACGCUGAGGUGCCGAAGUGAGAGGACAGUGGCGAGGAUGAGGGUCUCGUUCAGCGCUCUUAAGUACUCCAAGAAAAAAAGCACCUACACGUCAGACUCAGGGAACACACAGAGCUGCUCCUGUUAAGGGGGUUGUCAUGUGGAGAUGGAAGUUGGCUGUACUGAUGUUUUUAAAGUACUGGACAGGUGAAAGAGGAAGAGCUGGUGACCAUCUGCCAUGUUGCUUUCACCUGACUUGUUUCAUCAUUAUUAAUGGACAUGGUGCCAUUUUAAACUGAGUUGCAACCCCAGACUACUUCAUAUUAUGUGCUAGUGUUACAUUGACUUCUCUUCCCUCAUACAUGAUAUUUACAUGGAGAUUUUGUUGGUUUUAUAUAGAGGGCAAAAUUAGUAAGAGUGAUGAGGCAAAUAGUUUUUAUUCCGUGUUACUGAUCCAUCCUCCACGUUUAGACAAUCAGAUGUCCAUUAAGCUUGGUCCAGCGCGGAGCUCUCCAAAACUUUCAACUGAGUUCUCAGUGCCCUGCACUGACCCUUCACUUCUUUAAGUGAGCCAUUCACAUACAGUACCUAGUGAAAGUCUACACACCCCAUGCACAGUUAUGGCAUUUUCUACACCACCUGCUUGACAUUUUCAAAGUGAAAGAAAAAGUAUAGAACAUUUUUGAAAAAAAUAAACAAAGAUGUCUUGUUUGUAUUCACACCCCAUAGUUAACACUUAGUGGAAGCACCUUUGGCAGCAAUUACAGCUGAAAGUCAUUUUGAAUAACAUUCUACCUACUCUUAGCGUAACAUAUCUGUUGUUUUUGUCAAAAUUGCUCAAACUCAGUGCAGUUGGUUGGGAAUCAUUGAUGAAGGCAAACACAGUCUUUGAUUUUCAAGCAGAUUUAAGUCAGGCUGGAAACUGGACCCCUCUGAAACACUCAACACCUCUUGGAAUGCCAUUCUGGUGUGUCUUGUUAUUCAAAUUUCUGUAAUUGUCCCCCUUGACUUUUUCCACAUUUUGUUAUGUUACAGCCUUAUUCUAAAAUUGAUUAAAUCGUUUUUCCCCCUCGUCAAUCUACACACACUACCCCAUAAUGACAAAGCAAAAACAGGUUUUUAGAAAUCUUUGCUCAGUACUUUGUUGAAAUCUUCUUUGGUAUGACGCUACAAGCUUGGCACACCUGUAUUUGGGGCGUUUCUCCCAUUCUUCUCUGUAGAUCCUCUCAAGCUCUGUCUGGUUGGAUGGGUAGCAUUGCCUCACCGCUAUUUUCAUGUCUCUCCAGAGAUGUUCAAUCAGGUUCAAGUCCAGGCUCUGGCUGGGCCAUUCAAGGACAUUCAGAGACUUGUCCCGAAGCCACUCCCACAUUGUUUUGGCUGUGUGCUUAGGGUCGUUGUCCUGUUGGAAGGUGAACCAUCGCCCCAGUCUCUGAGGUCCUGAGUGGUCUGGAGCAGGUUUUCAUCAAGGAUCUCUCUACUUUGCUCCGUUCAUCUUUCCCUCGAUACUGACUAGUCUCCCACAGCAUGAUGCUGCCACCACCAUGCUUCACCGUAGGGAUGGUGCCAGUUUUCCUCCAGACGUGAGGCUUGGAAUUGAGGCCAAAGAGUUUAAUCUUGGUUUAAUCAGACCAGAGAAUCUUGUUUCUCUUGGUCUGUGAGUCCUUUAGGUACCUUUUGGCAAACUCCAAGCGUGCUAUCAUGUGCCUUUUACUGAGGAGUGACUUCCGUCUGCCCACUCUAGCAUAAAGGCCUGAUUGGUAGAGUGCUGCAGAGAUGGUUGUCCUUCUAGAAGGUUCUCCCAUCUCCACAGAGGAACUCUGGAGCUCUGUCAGAGUGACCAUCGGGUUCUUGAUCACCUCCCUGACCAAGGCCCUUCUCCACCGACUGCUCAGUUUGGCCGGGCAGCCAGCUCUAGUAAGAAGUCUUGUUGGUUCCAUUUAAGAAUGAUGGAGGCCACUAUGUUCUUGGGGACCUUCAAUGCUGCAGACUUUUUUUUUGGUACCCUUCCCCAUUUCUGUGCCUCGACACAAUCCUGUCUCGCAGCUCUAUGGACAAUUCCUUUGACCUCAUGGCUUGGUUUUUGCUCUGACAUGUACUGUCAACUGUAGGACCUUUUUUUAUAAAGACAGGUGUGUAACUUUCCAAAUCAUGUCCAAUUUUUACAUUUACAUUUAAGUCAUUUAGCAGACGCUCUUAUCCAGAGCGACUUACAAAUUGGUGCUUUCACCUUAUGACAUCCAGUGGAACAGCCACUUUACAAUAGUGCAUCUAGGUCUUUUAAGGGGGGGGGGGGUGAGAAGGAUUACUUUAUCCUAUCCUAGGUAUUCCUUAAAGAGGUGGGGUUUCAGGUGUCUCCGGAAGGUGGUGAUUGACUCCGCUGUCCUGGCGUCGUGAGGGAGUUUGUUCCACCAUUGGGGGGCCAGAGCAGCGAACAGUUGAAUUUACCACAGGUGGACUCCAAACAGGUUGUAGAAACAUCUCAAGGAUGAUCAAUGGAAAUAUAUAAGGUGACUGCACCAAUUUGUAAGUCGCUCUGGAUAAGAGCGUCUGCUAAAUGACUUAAAUGUAAAUGUAAAUAUACCUGAGCUCAAUUUUAAGUCUCAUAGCAAAAUGUAUUUUUUUUUUUUAAUAUAUAAAUUGGAAAACAUUUCUACAAAACUGUUUUUGCUUUGUCAUUAUGGGGUAUUGUGUGUAGAUUGAGGAUUUAAAAAAAUAUUUAAUCAAUUUUAGAUAACCAAAUGUGGAAAAAGAGAAGGGGUCUAAAUACUUUCCAAAUGCACUGUAUUUACCUGGGCAUUUCUCCUUUAUUUUUCUUUGAUCUUGACAGACUCCCCAGUAUCUGCCGGUGACAAGCAUACCCAUAAUAUGAUGCCACGACAUUACUUGAAAAUACGAGGGGUUGGUAGAAUCGUAUUUAAAAUUAUUUUCAGCUGUAAUUGUGAAGACCUGCACAAUCAAGACAUAAUAAAUGUUUUUAUGUUGUCUUUUACUUUGAAAAUGUGGAGCAGGUUGUGUAAAUUGGUAGAAAAAAACUAGAAUGUAGUCUUGAUUGUGCAGGCAGAUACUGGGGAGUCUGUCAAGAUCAAAGAAAAAUAAAGGAGAAAUGCCCAGGUAAAUACAGUGCAUUUUAGAAUUUUAAGGCAGAACCUUUUGAAGCUGUUAAAGGGAUGUGUAGAUUUUCACUAAGCAUUGUAAACCAUGAAUGUAUGAUAUUUCUAUCACCUAUGCAUAUGCUCGUGAAGCUAAUCUGAUAAAUAAAAUGUAAAUAUUGUACAUAUUACAUUUGUAAUAUUACAUAUUAUGUGUAAUGUUUUAUUUUUCAAUAGAAAUACAUAAGAAAAAUGAUAUGGCCUUGGCUUUGUCAGCCGAGUGGCAUUUACCAAUGGUUCCCUUUCUGUUGUGACAUGAGUUUACAUAAACAACUACCAA